UCCAUUGGUUCCAGAUCGCCAGCAAUGAAGAAGAUAUCGCUGGGAAUGCUGUGCGAACUACUCCAGCACGCUCUGGAGCGGAUGAUGGACGUCAACGGGGUGGAACCUUUCAUGUCGCCCGUCGACCUCGCAGCUUUCCCCGAUUACGACAAGUACGUGGUGCAUCCCAUGGACCUGUCGCUAAUGAAAACCAACAUCGCUAAGGGGCUGUACGGCAGCACAGAAGCGUUCAUGACGGACGCGCAGUGGAUACUGCACAAUAGCAUCAUUUUUAAUACAUUGCAAUCUAAGUUGACGGGAGGUGCGCGCGCGCUGGUGCGGUCGUGCCGCGCGGAGAUGGGCGAGAUCGAGGCGUGUCCCGAGUGCUACGCCGCUGCGCACGCGCGCCGCCCCACGUGGUUCACAGACGUGUGCUCCACGCCACACAUACUGCUGUGGGCCAAGCUCAAAGGAUUCCCGCACUGGCCAGCCAAAGGCAUGUCGGUGAGCGCGGCGGGGCUGGUCGAUGUGAGGUUCUUCGGAGCGCACGACCGCGCCUGGGUGCCCGCUAAAGACUGCUUCCUCUACUCCGAGAAGGACCCCAACAACUUCAGAACUAAACGCCAGGAUAUAUUAGAGAGUAUGCAGGAAGCUGAGCAGCACAUACGGAAUAUAUCAAGGAAAUAUGGGAAGUUCGUAUACCCGCCGUUCAAAACACAGUUUGAGCCGAACAAGUUAAAUGAACAACUCAAAAUGAUGAUUCCCACAUUUGAAGGUGAAGUUCGCGUACCGCAAAACACGACAAAACAUCAAACGAUCCCCGGCAAUAGCAAAAAGAAAAGCAGGUCCAACUCGAAAAGUUCCAAGAGUUCAUGUAAUGAUGGUGAUAUCAGCGAGGUAGAAGAUCCAUUGUCAACAUCCCGGAAAGGCGAUAGCGUUGACGGCAAUGAAGAUGAUUUCUCUACUGAAAAGGCUAAAAUCAUGGAAGUAGAUAUUUCUAAAACCAAAGAUAACAAAGAGACUGAAAACGCAAUUAUCACUAUAUUAGACAACUACACGUUAGAAAAACGUAAACGAAUGGAUGAUGGUAAGACAGAUAAUACUCUAGAACCAAGUAGUAGUAAAGAACCUAAUCCCAAAGAGAAAAAUGCGGAAAUGGCUAAAGAUAAUCCAGUAGAAAAGAUCGAUUCUACAUCAAAAGAUGAGGAAUCGACUAAAAGUAUAGCCAAAGAAAAAUCAGAAAGCCUCGUAGUCGCUCCCCUCAAAAUAAGCUUCGGAGCAAUUAAAAAUGGUAAACAGACAGUCAAGGUAACAAAUGCAAAGGAAAGUCCGAAAGCUACCACUUCCAAUGAUAAGACGCCCAUUAUUGCACUCAGGACGAGUACUCCAAAAGAAGAAAAAGUAAUAACGGCGCAAAAAAUGAAAACAAAAAUAGAUAAAUUAUUUAUCGAUAAGACGAAAGGUGAAAAGGUGAAAUCAGACAAACGGAGAAAUUCUAAAAGCAAUAAAUCUUUAAUUGGUAAUACUACACCAAAAACGGAAACUUCCUUGCCCGAAAAGAAAAACGAAAAGGUAGACGAACCAUCCACUAGUACUAAGGAAAAACCGAGAGAGUUCGUGACAGCAACAAGGAGUAAAACAACAGACACAGAUAAAACUCCCAACGAUAAAAAUAAUUCAACACCAACGAAUUCAAAGUUAGCCAAGGAACGCUUAAAUUUUGACGACGAUACAACCUUAGCGGUGAUAGCACGAGAGAACAAUAAAACCAGCGUAAUAACUAGCUCGGGCACCGGCCUCCCAACGAUAAGCAGUGUGCGCAGCUUGUCUACUGUCGCCUCGACUUCAAGCACGCCUACCACGAGCUCAAUAUCAAAAAUGAUAGAGGUGACGAUAGAAGGGAAUCCAAAUGCAAGUAUAUUUACGCCGACAAGCACAGACCCCAUACGAACUAUGAAGGAAGCAACCACAAAGCUGCAAAAGUUAAGAGCAGACACUGAACCGUUAGUAGGAAGGGUGGGGGUGAGGGCUUUUGCGAGGAUGACGUCACCGGACAGAAGUAAGAACAACGACGUACAAGUGGAGAUCAAGGCGGAACCCAUCGAUUUGGACGACGCCGACCGACACAUGGAGAAGAUGGAUCUGAUGAACGCGUUCAAACUGCGCCCCGUUAAUCCGCCGUCGAAUUUACGCGAGGUGCGAAUGAAUGAGGUGGUGAUAACGCCAUUGAACAGGCGAACGGCCACCAAAGUGCCAGAAAUCCGGCCGCGGGCUAAAAAGACGUUCCCACAUCCCAAGAAGCCGGAGGACGGGCAGCUGAACGGCAAGAACUCGAUGGUGUACAUCCCCAUACAGCCGCCCGCCACCCAGCCGCCGCGCAUCACCCGCGCCCUCCCCGCGCCCGCCGCCGCCCCCGCCGCCUCCGCCGCCGCCUCGCACCGCGCCGCCGCACACGCCACCACCACCGGUCAGUGCGGACUUCCUGCUGUGCUUAUACGCACGACAAACAUAGUGAACACGGUGACAAGCCCCCUAGUGCCGGUGAUAACGUCCAUGCCCCCAGCGGCGACCACCACAUCGCAGGUGGUGCAGACAAUCCCCACCAUCGGACAGGUGCCCACCACCGUGCACACCGUCCCGCUAAUGACUUCAGUCAACGGACAGUGGAUGUUCAGUCUACAGCCUGUUAUGUCGGUUGGUGGUGUUGACACGCAAGCGUCGCCGCCGCUGUUGAACGGCGUGGCGGACCGCAGCCUGGUGCCUGCCGCCACUGCAACCCCUGCGCCCGCGCCCGCGCCCGCCCCCGCGCCCUCCCCUGCGCCUGCGCCGCCCGCUGCCGCCGCCACGCUCGCGACCAUCGCACCCAUCGCACCCGUCACACUAACCAACAGGCCAACCACAGAAACUAGCCCACCUGGAGAGCCCCCGAGAUUACAACAACGACCGCAACUGUUGAACCCGCUGGAUUCGAACACGCCGAUUGGUACCGUGCCGCCGCCCUCCUCGGCUGGACCGCUCACUGCCAAACUCAACCAAAAUGCUGUCAAGUUGACAGAUUUCUUCCGCACUCUGCUAGAGGACUCUCUGGAGAAGCUGGACGAGCCGGCGACGCAGCUCACCACGCUGCGGCUACAGCUCGAACAGGCCAAGUGGAGGCACCAGCAGCAGAUCGACGAGCUCAAGCACAAUCACGAGUUAACAUUGGCGGAGAUUCGUGCGGCGUUUGAGAAAGACAAGAUGCGCGCCGUGAACGAGGCGCGCCGGCUCGCGCACGCCGAGCUCGAGGCCGCCGUCAAACAGACCAAGGCCAAGCAGUGGUGCGCGAACUGCAGUCAGGAGGCGCAGUUCUACUGCUGCUGGAACACGUCGUACUGCGACUACCCGUGCCAGCGCGCGCACUGGUCCACGCACUUCAACGUGUGCACGCAGAAAGCUUCGCAGGAUCUAAGGAAAGGCAACGGAGACUCAUCGAAUCCAUCAGAGAACAGAUUACAACCUCAGCCAGAAAAUUUGCCAGCGUUGCAGAAAAGCACAACGACCCCGGCGCUCACGGUGGGCGGCAAGGUCGCCACGCCGCGCCCCUUCACUCCGGAUCAGCAGAACGCAGCGCAGAAAACGUCCAUCAUAAUGAGCAUGGUGGAGGACAACAGCGGCAACCAGACGAUGAAGUGCGUCGGCACGUACACUGCUCAGAAGCCGCCGCCGCCGGUUCCCGCCGCCUCCACGCCGCAGGUCGCCUCCAUUAUCCUCAACAAACAGUUGAUGUCGGAGGAAGCGAACGGCAACAAGAAAGUGGUGACGUCAGGCGGGUACCUGAUCGUCGGCGCAGGCGUCAACGCGGGAGUCACCGCCGCCGCCUCGCGCCGCAUGCACACCAUCCAGUACUACACAUGAACCGAUAUACAACCGUAAUACCGUACAGCAAACCAGUGCAGCUGCACUGUCUGUAACAAAACGGAUAUUUUAAAUCACUCACACUCCGGAGUAAUACUUCGUUACAUUAAAUAUUAGACAUGUUCAAAUCAAAAUCCUUUGUAUACAAUGGAUUACUGGAUAUCACAUUCACCUAUAAAUUUUUGCUUACAUGAAAAUUACAAUAUUAUAUCUUUAUUUGGACCUUCUAUGAUCUUUUGUUACAAUACUACAAUACUCUUUUGAUUUGUUAAAAUGAUAUAAAGCAAAUAGAUGUCAAAGAAAUACCUAUCUAAAUUAACUGUCCAGUACAUUAUUAUUUUGUUUCUGCUCGUGCAACAGCAAUUUUAUAUUAUAGCUGAUUUAUUAACCGCACAUCAUGUGCACCUGAGGUACGAAAUAUUAUUCGUGUUUACACUACAAAAAUGUUAAUACUGAUCAUUAUGUUUGGCAUUCAGAAAGCCACGGUAUAGAAAAUCAUAGUUUUCAAUACAAUUUAGUUUAUAACUGUUCCAGAUUAGUGCCAGUCAGUCAAUAAGUACAUAGAAACUCCUACAUUCUAUCUGUAGCCUGUGCUAUGACGAAAUGGUGAUCCAUGUUGUUAUUAUUAAAUUCCAUUGCCAAAUUAUGAAAAAAUCGGAAGCAAUUUAGAGUUCCAUAGAAAUCGUCCUUAAAUUUAGAUAUUAGGUAUUUUAUAUUGCCAACUAAAGAUACGAAUACUUUCUGCUGUGAAAUUCACAGUUGUAAGUGAAAACGAAAAAUUGUGAUUGUGUUAUAGAGGUUUAAUGUCGUAUAAAAUAAUGUAAAUCUGAAACUCAUUAAUGUGAAGCAAUGCCUUUUAACGCAUCUAUUUGCGAAUAGUCAGUUUUAUUGUAUACUUACAAUAUUUUUGUUCCAUUUUUAUUUCAAGGAAGCUAGAAGUUUUUGACGCUUAAAUUUACAAAACUUAGAUGUUUGAUGUUGUACAUAGUGUAAAAUUUUAUAAGAAACUAAUUUCGGGUAGCGUAGUGGCAUGCAUACGAGAUUGUGACAGACAUUAUGUAUUGUGUAUAUUUUCCGCAUCGAUGUUCGUCGCUCUGCUCUUAUUGUAUUUUCAUAUUACUGUGCAACUGUCUUGAAAAAAAUUUGUUCGUAUUCUCGUUUGUUUUUUUUAGCCGUGGCUCUCUAUGAAUGUUUAUAUUGUGAUUAUAAAUCAGUCACUACGUACUGUACGCAUGUCAAUUCUGCAUUUUCAUUAUACCAUACUGCCUUCUUGUGAUUAUAUCCACAUCACCUAGGACCAAUAUUAAUCACGGAAUUGCUGGACAUUUAAUAUAGUCUCAAAUAAUGGGAAUAUAUUAUACUUCAGGCAUAACUUCAUCCGUGUUAUGUGUUAAUUGUUUAGAUGUAUAGGCGCGGUAACUUGGUAAUUGAAAUAAUAAAAUACAAUCUUUUGUAGCUUAUUUGAGCUACGAAUUCGACUAAACUGGUCUCGGUUCUCAGGUCAAGCAAUCAAGAGAUCUGUUUUGUGAGUUAACACACCAAUAUUUUGCUUGAGUUCGCAAUUCGUAACUUAUGGAGACAGGACACACCUAUUACAUAAUGUGUGAUAAAAAUUCUCUUGAGCAGACACGUUCGAUACAUGUUUGCUCGCAGAUGGCCUUAUAGCUGAAACUACCUGAAUGUUUUUUGAUACAUUUGUACUGUAUUAUAUAAUUUAUCAGGUGUCGAGUCGACGUGUCCGCUUUACAUUGAUGUCAGUGUAUAUAAACUAGUUCGUUUAAUAAUACACUUUUAUACAGAAAGCCAGGUCCGUUUACUUUUAGCUUACUUAGUACAUAGUUUAAUGGUGAUUAACUUUUGUAUGGCAUCCAUUGUUGCAUCCAAAUUGUUCUUUUGUAUUACAGAUCAUUGUAAUACAAACAUGUACCGUAAUAUUUUAUGUUCCUAGCGUGCAGCUCAUUGAAUAAUGAAUAAUAGCUAUUCUCUGAUAUUAACUAGAUAGUAUUUGUAGCAGUGGUAAUUUGUCGUAUAUUAGUUGAGUGGCGACGUAUGUUGCGGGCAUUCAUGUUCAGAUGGACUCAUUUUUUUCAAAUAACGUAAAUAUUAAGUACUGUACAUAGAAUCUUAAUGUACCUACCGAGUCUGAUUUUAUUUUGACUCUUAUUUUUGAGUAACAAAACUCGGUAGAUUAAAUAAAGUCAAAUGUGCUCAAUUUUAGGCGUCCGUAUGUAAAAAAACGCAAUACACGAUAAAAUAAGUUAUUUUCAAAUACGCCUCGAAAUGGUAAUAUUUUUAUUGGGCUGUUGAUAACAUAUAAUCACUAUAUAGUCCACUGAAAUAAUAAGUAAAAAUGUUACAAUUUCUAUUUUUGGGUACCAUUUUUAUUGAACGAACGGAUCUAACUUUAUGCAAAUUCAUAAGGAGAAACAUACAAGGAAUUUCUAUAACAGAUCAUGCAUGUGACUUUAUUAUUAGUAGUCAGAUUAUUUAUUUCUUGGUGUAUGUAUAUUGUAUACUUCUCCUGGUGAGCGUUCUUAUUAGAUCUGUGGGUAAUAACUUCACUUUUCUAUGUUCAUAAAUCAUACUUACUAUAUUUUAAGACUGCUAAGUUUAAGUCCUCGAAAUAUAACAUAUUCAUUGUAUAAAAAAAUUGUAACGGGAUGUUACGUUUUAUUUAAUUGUAAAUUUGCGUCGAGUUUCGCUAUGAAUGAGGGUGGACCCUUAUGGUUGUAUAUUUUAUCUUAGUUGUUGUAAUUUGCAUUUGCUAUGUAAUGGUAAACAAAAGUUAAAAUCUGUCUUGGGACAGUGUUGAUUUUAUACUUUAAUUUGCUAAGUCAAUAAGUUACAUAUAACACAAAACCUAAACUUUUGUUAUUCAUACAUAAAAUAUGUCUUUCUUAACGGUUUAUCCAUUUUAAAACUCGUUUUAUCUAUUGGGAAGCACUUGACUAUGAUUGUAAGUGGAGACAGUAUUUGAUUUUGUAAAUAAUCUAGUUUACAUUGAUUAAAAAAGCUUGUAGUAUGUAAGUCAUGUUUCAAUAAAGACAAAUGAAACAAUUCUUUGGAUGAAUUUA